AUGAAAUCGGUUAAGCUGUGGAUUAGGUGGAUUGGAGCCUAUUACCUUAAAGGUGGUAGCAUAAUGCAGUGGGAACCUAAGACCACAAGCUCGUGGAUGCUCAAGAAUAUAGCUAAGGUGCGUGGGCUUACUGUACAGAGCGAGUAUUGGAGUGACAGUCUUUCUAAUGUUAUAUUUCCCCGUGUUCAAUCUUGUCGAGAUACAAAAUCUGUUAUCCUUGAUAUAUGUGCUAAUGAGGACAGGAAAAUUGCGGGGAGAGUUGCAGUUAUGUUGGAAGGUUUAUGGAAGAAUAGAAACGACUUUGUUUGGCAUAAUGAAAAGGAAGAAGCUUCUAAGCUUGGUUGGCUAGCCUUUCAUAAGUGGCAAGAGUGGUUCACAGCUCAAAAUCCUAGAGACAUACAAGGUGUUAGCGGUAACUUGGUUAAUUGGUCCCCUCCUCCUUUUGGAUGGUUAAAAUGCAAUGUUGAUGCCGCCUUCAAUCAGCGGUUAGGGACUACAAACCGCGGUUGGUGUAUUUCAAACGAUCAAGGUAACUUUGUAGCUGCUGGUACUGCCUGGGACGAGUGCACUUUCUCUGUCUUAGAGGCGGAGGCCUUAGCUCUUAAAGAGGCUAUCCAGGUCGCUAGUACUUUAUACCAUGUUCCUGUUAUUUUUGAGAGUGAUUCUCAACAGGUGGUAAAUGCCAUUGGCUCUAAUUUAGGGGACAGGUUUUGUUCUGGUUAUGGAGGAUAUUGUUCAUCUUCUUCAUCCAACUAUAAAAUAUAUGUUUAUCUUCUUGAUCGAUAG